AAGGAUGAGGCGAAAAAGCACCGUUACCGGGAGAAAAUAUCCGAGUACAUGACCAGAGCUGAAGACAUUAAAAAACACAUUGAAAAAGAGAAAGAAGAUGGCAAAUACCAUAAGCAAAUCAGGAUAGAGGAAAACGCAACAGGUUUCAGCUACGAAAAGCUUUUCCAGGAGUACCUUACUGAGACUGUUUCUGAAGUUUGGGUGGAGGACCCGUACAUUAGGCAUGUUCAUCAGUUAUAUAACUUCGUACGAUUCUGCGAGAUGCUAGUUAAGGGGCCGUGCAAAGUGAAAACAAUCCACCUUCUCACUUCCUAUGAUGAAGGUAGUGGGAGGAGUAAGCAGGUAAGCGGCUUGGAAGAAAUACAACAAUCCUUGAGGAAUUAUGGAGUAACACUGAAUAUUGCAUUUUCGUCUUCAAUACAUGAUCGAGAAAUUAGAUUCAACAAUGGAUGGAUGAUUAAGAUUGGAAGGGGUCUUGAUUAUUUUAAGAAACCACAGGGUCAUUUCAGCAUUGGAUCCUGUGACUUUGACUUGCGACGUUGUCAUGAAACAACAGUGGAUGUCUUUCAUAUUAAACAUACAAAGAAAAUGUGA